AUGAGCACCGCAGUCGCAAUGGCCCCUUCACCGGCUCCUCACGACAGGCCUUCUUUUGGCAACGACAUCACCACAUCUCCCAGCGCCCAGAGGCCAACACAGUCGAUUCCUCCUCCUCCACCCAUGUCCGCAAACCCGAACGCGCCAGCGCCAGCGCCAGCACGCACUGGUAGCGGCAGCCCAAAGGGUCUGCUGCGCUGCGCCCAUCAGCCCUGGGUCUGUUGUUUCAUUUGGGGCAACGUUACUAAUCCGUCCCGUCGCACCACGCACAGAUCUCGAAGCAGAGAAGGCCCCAAAAUCAUCGUCAAGAAGGAGCCUGGAUCGCCCGAUUUGCCCACAGCCCGUCACCGGCCGAGGAAGCUCGAUCUCUCCAAGAACACGACAAACAUUGUCUCACCCGCCACAGGACGGCCCCUGACUGCCAGAGACGGCCUGGGCAUCCAGGAAGUUGGUCUGGCCUGCCUGUCACCCGGCUUCGUAACCCAGGACCCAGUCAUGAAGGAGCAGCUGCAGCGCAGCAUGAGCGUCAGGGAACACCAGAGGCAGAUUAUCGAGCAGAGGUUACAGCAGCAGUCGGCCAAGGGCGACGGUCCCGCCGACAAGGACGGAGGCCAAUUUACCGCAAAGACACCUGGUUUUGCCCGCAAGCGUGGGCCUCCGCCAGGUCUGAGCAUCGUUGCGCCGUCGCACGAGCAGUUUGCGAACGAGCGCGUGAUCCAAUCCGCGCCACUGGGCCAGACCUUCACAGGGAGACACAACCCGCACCCGCUAACGCGACACAUCACCAACCAGCCCUCGAACCUGGCCAGGAACUCGCACAUUCACCACGUCCCAGCCCAGCAAACAAACAAUCGCCUCCCGCCCAUCGCCGACGUUUUUGGACAGAACCUUUCCGGACACCCAGAAUCCAGCGGCCACGCGCUCUUUGCCAACCAGAACCGCGCCCCUCUUGCGUCGCCGCACCACCCGCCACCUCAGCAGCAGCAAGCGUCCACCCCAGGCCGGCCGAGGGAGUACAAGUCGGCCGAGGAAGCCCAGGUGGAACUGGCAGGCGGCAGACCGGAACUUUUACCCAAGUUAGUACACUACGCAGGCAACCAGCAGCAACCCCCAACACCACCGUCCCCGCACCCGUACCCGCAGCGGCAGCAACAGCAGCAACAACACUCGCGAGACUCGAGAUAUGACGGGAUACCGCAGUAUGCUGACGCGAGCCGGAGCAUCAGCAGCAACAAUGUCGUCCCGAGCCACGCGCCGCCCGUCAAGAGAAGCCGGGCCGAGUACGAGGACGGCAGCCCGCCGCUGGGGGGGAACGGGAGCAGACCUGCGCCGCACGCGCCGGGGUCGAGCAGGAGGACGGGGCCGUUUGAGGAGGGGAGGGACUCGCCUGACACGCAGAGGGCGAAGAGGGAAGAGUUUUUGAAGCUGUGUGAGAGAGCUUGGGAUCUGUUUCACUCAUGA